AUGUCAUCAUAUUCUAUAAUGCCUGCUCCACAAGACAAAACUCAUUUGCCAAUUAGGCAACAAAUGGAGGCCCUUAUCCGCCGUAAGCAAGCCGAAAUUACUAAGGGUCUUGAAUCUUUAGAUACUGUCAAGUUCCAUGCAGAUUCUUGGACUCGUGGUAAUGACGGUGGUGGUGGUACUUCCAUGGUUAUCGCUAAUGGUUCCACUUUUGAAAAGGGUGGUGUCAACGUUUCUGUCGUUUACGGAAAUUUGACUCCAACUGCCGUCUUGGCUAUGAAGGAUGACCAUAAGAACUUGAAAUUACCAAAGGAUCCAAAGACUGGUUUACCUGUCCCAGAUGGUGUUAAGUUCUUUGCCUGUGGGUUAUCUAUGGUUAUUCAUCCAAAGAAUCCUCAUGCUCCAACUACCCAUUUGAAUUACCGUUACUUUGAAACCUGGAAUCCAGAUGGAACUCCACAAUCUUGGUGGUUCGGUGGUGGUGCCGAUUUGACUCCAUUCUAUCUUUAUGAAGAAGAUGCUAAGCAUUUCCAUGAAUUACAUAAGAAGGCCUUGGACAAGCACGAUAAGACCCUUUAUCCAAAAUACAAGAAAUGGUGUGAUGAAUAUUUCUAUAUUGCUCAUCGUAAGGAAACUCGUGGUAUUGGUGGUAUCUUCUUUGAUGAUUUCGAUGACCGUGAUCCACAAGAAAUCUUAAAGAUCUGUGAAGAUUGUUUCGAUGCUUUCCUACCUUCUUACUUGCCAAUAAUUGAAAAGAGAAAGGAUAUGCCAUACACUGAAGAAGAAAAACAAUGGCAAUUGAUUAGACGUGGUAGAUACGUUGAAUUCAACUUAAUUUACGAUAGAGGUACUCAAUUCGGUUUGAGAACCCCUGGUUCAAGAGUGGAAUCUAUUUUGAUGAGUUUGCCAGAACAUGCUUCCUGGUUAUAUAACCAUCAUCCUGCUCCUGGUUCAAGGGAAGCCAAAUUAUUGGAAGUUACCACUAACCCAAGAGAAUGGGCUUAA